CUACAUCAAUCAAAACAAACGAUUGUAAAGAUAGAAAGGAUUAAUUAGAGGAAAAUGCUUCAACAAUACAAUUUUCAAAUGCCAAAAUCGAAGAAAAGAAAGCUGUAUACACCAUUAUCAGAUGAAGACGAGAACUUUGAGAUUGAAACAACGACAGUAAAAGAUUCAGCAAAAGUCAGCCAUGAAACGCUUGAUAAUUGUAUUGUAAAAUCCAAAGUAAAAGCACAGAAGAUUAAUGAAAUUAGAGUAAAGGAACUGGAUCCUGACGAGAUAGCAGAGAAUCUUUCAUGGGAAAUGAUCAAACCAAUGUUAAGGAAGGAUGCAGUAUUGCUGAAAUCAAUUUGGCAGCACUUUCUUAGGUUUAAUCCAGCAGAUAAAGCCAAUAAAGUGAAGCAACAUAAAAAGCCUGAAAAAGACCAAACCAGUUUUAAUCAGAUAUUGUAUGUCCUUAUGACACGUCCCGGAAAUACUAAGGAACAGAACUGCAAACAACAAAUUAAUGAGUCUUUUAUAAACAGCGAAAAAUCGGGUCAUUCAUCAAAAAAUCAAUUAAAUUCUGUGGCUGAAAUUCGGCAACCUGUUAAUGGCUUUUCCAUUAAAGCAAUCUCAUCUGUAGUGCCUUGUAGUGAUUUAAAUAGCAUAUUCACACAACAUGAGGUAUCAAAAGAGAACCAGAAUAUUGAACAGAUCAAUAGUUCCAUUAAAGACGAUUUUAUUGGCAGUCAAUUCAUUAAAAGUAGAAUGAAUGUUGAGGAUGAGACUACAACAAAUUCUGUGAAUCACACGAAGCCACUAAUUGACUCAAACCAAAUUCUUAAUGAAUGGCUUAGAAAUUCACCUCAAAAUAAACUGCAGCUUGUUAAUAGUGAUGAAGACAUUCCAAAAACUUCAUUGCUUAGUAAAAGUGGGAAGAAAAUUCAUCACGAGUCGCUGUUUAAAUGCUUCCUGUAAAUAACUUGACUAAAUAGUUUGUUUAAUAAUAAAUCUUAAAAUUUAUUCAAGCACUUUUUGUUGAUUCAAAAAACUAUUUAAAAAUUCACUUAACAUUAAUUUCUUUGGAUAUGCUCGAGCAAGUAGAUUUUCUUAGAGUUAAACAAAUUUAGACAUAAAAAUUUUAUAAAAAAAAUUGCACCGAAUCGACAUAAUUCCUUUUUCAAAAUGUACAAUUCUAUUAAAACGAAAAAGGUUACAGACAAAAAAAAGUAUUUUUAAGGCACUUGGAAUGCAAAAAUAAUUGA